CACAGCUGAGAGAAGCACGCAGCAAAACAACGCGAGAUCUUCAAAGGGGAGAGAUUCAGCGAGAGGAACCGUAACACCGGCGAGCCAGAACCCGAUUCUCCCUCUGCGGAUACGCUGGACAAAGCGAAGGGUUUUCAUGCUCUCGAGACUGCACAGAAACAUUACAGUUUGGUGGAGGUAUGACAUUAACCAGGGGCUCCUUCACUUAUUCCAGCGGAGAAGAAUAUACCGGAGAAUGGAAGGAAGGUCGGAGGCACGGUAAAGGUGAGCUGAAGUUUGCUGAUGGCACCUGUUAUAAAGGUCACUUUGAGAAUGGCCUGUUCCACGGAUCAGGGGUGUUAGUCUUUCCCGAUGGAUCCAGGUACGAGGGUGAAUUUGCCCAAGGAAAAUUCCAAGGGGUUGGAAUCUUCAGCAGAUUUGACGGGAUGAAAUUUGAAGGGGAAUUCAAAAGUGGCCAUGUGGAAGGAUAUGGUAAAUAUUACACCAUAAAUUGA